AUGCGCAACAUUUUGAUUAUUUUUUCUCUCAUCGCUCUACGCGGCACACUUGCCGAUACUUCUCCACAGAUCACAGGCUGUAAAAUCGAUGGACCGACUCUGAAAUGUAAAUGUCUAGUAAGAAGCAAGGGCGACUACAAAGCUUGUAGCGUUAAGAUAGGAGAUAACUGGGUGAACGUUGAUGGCGAUUUAAAAAUUCGGUUGAAUGGCAAGGCGGAUGCCUCGUGCAUCUUCAAUGCCCAAGAUUCUAUGAUGGGUGCUUUUUGCGACGGCGGCAGCGCUGUGAUCCUAGUCGAUCUCAACAAAUCUUGCAAAAGUGACGACGACGGGAACCUUGUUUGUGCGACAGAUCCCCCGGCAACGACAACAGCAACACCCACUGCCGCCUCGGCAACACCACCCACUGCAUCUUCGGCAGCACCUACCACGGCCUCGGCAGCGCCCACCACCGUCCCGGCAGCGCCCACCGCGGCCUCUGCGUCCACUGGCGCCUGUCAAGUCACCGGCGCCAGGCGCCGUAAGAUCCGAGGGAUGCCGCGGUAA